AUGACCCAAUCAUCCUUUCCUUUUCUAUUCUCCUCGUCUUUUUCUUGUCAUCGUUUGGUCACUUUAAUUACAAUUCUAUUAUUAAACCCGUUGCCCAUUAUUCAUGGAGCACCCACAAAAAAAUCCGACAAUGAAUUAACACCCAACGUUCAACGCCACAAACGAGACGUUUUUACCAGUGAUGACGAUGAUGGUUUCAACACUCUUCAAGCAAAUGAAUAUCCUCUUAUAUCUGAAACAAAAAUUAUCUUCGAAGGAUUGAUAGGUUGCAAAUACGAUUCUAAUCUAUGUAACAACAAUGAAGCUUGUUUUGAUGAUGGCUUGUUUGGACAAUGUUGGGAUGGCGAAGGUUCAGUACGUUCGGCAUUUGCAUUAAAAUCUAAUGUGGAUGAGCUUGCCGAUGAUAAAUUGAUCGCGUUGGAAACUGAUACACAUCAAAUCAAUCAAAAUCGUUUGGAUAUGUCCUAUGAUGAUUGUUUGAACAAAGACGAACAAUUAGAUGAACUAGCAGCUGUUCAAGAAGAUGAUAUGCAACGACGACAAUUGGAGCUCUUCGAUGAAAACUCGAAUGUGUUAUACAAAGAUCCAUACAGUCCAGUCAUGAAAUCGGAUGACAUCAUCAUCGAACUCCAGAAUAACGAUGGAAUACCAGUCUAUAUUGAACCAGACGAAGUUGAUAUUGAACAGUCACGCAUACCAUCAGUUGUUAUCGCACUUGCUGAAGCAGAAGCAGCACAAAAAGAACUCGAACAACUAAACCAAAUUGCUCUUGCUUAUGCGAUCGAUCAUAUGAAUGAUAAUGAUGCAGUCGUACCAGUCGAAGAAGAAUCAUCAAUGAAUGAACCAACAAAAGUAUCUGUACAUACAAACGAAGUUCAUCCGGGUUUAAUCGAAACAUUGCAAACUAAUAACAACAAACAAGUCAUGCCAGCCUUCGUCGAACAAACCAUGGGAGAACAUAACGAAGCAGUCGAUGAUAAAAUAUUGAAUAAUACAGAUGCUAAUCGUUAUUUUAAAGUUGAAACAGCGCAAGGUUAUAUUUCUAUCAAUCGAGAUUUCAAAGAUCAAACUGAAGGAGGUCGUUUAUUAUCUUAUAUCGCACAGAUGAAUUCAUGGCCAGCAGCUAUUUUCACUAAACUCAAUGCUGAUCGUCGAAUUUUAACAUUCCAUGUUGCCAAUAAUCCCUAUCGAAUCAAUGCAAGCAAUGUUGCCAGUGCAGCAUUACUCAAUGGAAAAAAUAUUGAAAAUCAAUUGGGCAUUCAUAUCGUUGAUUCUGGCAUUGGCAAUCCUCGACAAGGUAGUCAAUUAUCAAUUGAUCAACCAAACAGUUCACGUUUAACCAUCAUUACAUUGGUUACAUGUGCAUUGGUACUGUUCACUAUGGCUGCAUUCGUACUUCUCUACUUUGUUAAACGCAACGAUCGUAUACGAAACAAAUUGGCUGAAAUUACACACAUCAAAGGUUUAUCGACAAAUUACUAUCAAGACCUAUGUCGACAACGAAUGCAAGUCCAACCAACAAGUAGUAAAUCACCGGAAAUUCAUAAAGUUCAUCAAUCAUCACCAUCGAGUGCUGCUCCAACAACAGUAACAGCUGGCAGCCAUGUGAAACAUAAUAGUGAAGGUUCAUCAACACGAAGCUCAACAUCAUCAUGGAGUGAAGAACCGGUUGCACCAGUGAAUAUGGACAUCAUGACAGGACAUUUAAUUUUAUCAUAUAUGGAAGAUCAUCUUCGUAAUCGACAUCGUUUAGAAGCUGAAUGGCAAGCAUUAUGCACUGAUGAAGCAAAUGAAGAAAAAGCGUCAUGUUCAAUUGCACUUUCUGAAGCUAAUGCCAACAAAAAUCGUUAUAUCGAUUGUAUACCAUAUGAUCAUACUCGUGUCCAACUGACUAACAAUGGAAACGAUGAUUAUAUCAAUGCAAGUAUUAUUACUGAUUCGGAUCCGAAAUGCAAAUAUAUUGCAACGCAAGGUCCAAUGCCAAAUACAACAAAUGCAUUUUGGCAAAUGGUUUGGGAACAAGGAUCAUGUGUUAUUGUAGCAUUGACUCGACCGAUUGAAAAUGGUAUUACAAUGUGUCAUCAUUAUUGGCCAGUCGAAGGUUCAGCGCGCUUCAAUGACUUCGAAGUCAAUCUUGUUUCGGAACAUAUCUGGUCGGAUGAUUAUCUCGUUCGAAGUUUCUAUUUGAAGAAUGUGCAAACCAUGGAAACGCGUACUGUAACCCAAUUUCACUUUUUAACAUGGGGCGAAUUGAACAAUCCACCAUCGGCUAAGGCAUUAUUAGAUUUCCGACGAAAAGUGAAUAAAUGCUUUCGGGGUCGAUCAUCACCGAUUAUCGUUCACUGCAAUGAUGGCGUCGGACGCACUGGAACGUUCAUUCUUUUGGAUAUGGUCUUGAAUCGUAUUUGUAAGGGGGCACGAGAAAUUAACAUAGCUGCAACACUUGAACAUAUCCGUGAUCAACGAGCAAAAAUGGUGAAGACAAAAGAUCAAUUCGAAUUCGUCUUUGUGGCUGUUGCUGAAGAAGUAACCUAUUUAUUGAAAGCAUUACCUCAAUAA